UACACAGCACUGUAUGGAAAUUAGGGGUAAGGCUUGGGGCUGCCCCGGGAGUCCGGGAGGGGUGGGACGAAUCUAAGAAGGGGCGCGGCCACCACGAUUGGGGACGGUUUCGGGGGAAGCCUUGGCUCGCCCGCCUGCCCUCCGCGUCCCUCCCGCAGGCAGCGGCCCGGGGAGGGAGCGGGCGGGGCCCGGGCGGAGCGGCGGCAGGAAGCAGCGAGGCGGCCCCGUGAACUGCCUGGGCGGAGAGCCGCGGGCCUCUGCGCCAAAUCCCGGGAGCCCGCCCUGAAUGCACGGGUCCGGGCCAGCGGGAGGGACGCGGUAGAGGCCGGCCUCUUGCACGUCCCCGGCGGCCGCGGCCAGUGGGCGUAGCCUCUCGGGCCCCGCCCCCGACACGCCCCCGGGCCCCUCUGCGGGCGGGGGUCUCCUCCCUCCCUCUUCAGCCCUGGACCCAGCGUGGCGCGCUCCCCCCUGGGUGCCAUGGCCUCGCGGCUCCUGCACCGGCUGCGACACGCCCUGGCCAGCGAUGGCCCCGGGGAGGCGGCGGCGGCGGCGGCGGGCCCAGAGGCCGAGCAGUUCCCUGAGAGCUCAGAGCUGGAGGACGAUGACGCCGAGGGCCUGUCCUCCCGCCUCAGUGGCACCCUCAGCUUCACCAGUGCAGAGGAUGACCCGGACGACGAAGACGAGGACGACGAGGCGGGCCUGGACUCGCCACCCUCUGGGGACGGGACAUCGGGAGAAGACGCAGAACGAAGUCCCCCACCUGAUGGACAACGGAGCAGCCAACUCCUGGCCCGCCAGCUGCAGGAUUUCUGGAAAAAGUCUCGGAACACCCUCGUUCCGCAGAGGCUGCUCUUUGAGGUGACCAGCGCCAAUGUUGUCAAGGACCCUCCCUCCAAGUACGUGCUCUACACCCUCGCCGUGAUGGGCCCAGGGCCACCAGAUCGCCAGCCAGCCCAGAUCUCUCGCCGAUACUCCGACUUUGAGCGGCUGCACAGAAACCUGCAGCGGCAAUUCCGGGGCCCCAUGUCUGCCAUCUCCUUUCCCCGUAAGCGCCUGCGCCGGAACUUUACUGCAGAAACCAUUGCCCGUCGCAGCAGGGCCUUUGAACAGUUUUUGGGCCACUUGCAGGCAGUGCCCGAGCUACGCCAAGCUCCAGACCUGCAGGACUUCUUUGUGCUGCCCGAGUUAAGGCGGGCGCAGAGCCUCACCUGCACUGGUCUUUAUCGUGAGGCUCUGGCUCUGUGGGCCAAUGCCUGGCAGCUGCAGACCCAACUGGGCACCCCUUCUGGCCCAGACCGCCCCCUGUUGACUCUGGCUGGGUUGGCUGUGUGCCAUCAGGAGCUGGAGGAUCCCGGGGAAGCACGGGCGUGUAGUGAGAAGGCUCUGCAGCUGCUGGGGGACAAGAGACCCCAUCCUUUCUUGGCACCCUUUCUUGAGGCCCACGUCCGGCUCUCCUGGCGCCUGGGCCUUGACAAACGGCAGUCAGAGGCACAGCUUCAGGCCCUACAGGAAGCAGGCCUUACGCCUACCCCACCCCCCAGCCUCAAGGAGCUGCUCAUCAAAGAGGUGCUGGACUAACUUUUUCCUGUCUUAAGGCCAUGUCUAGGAGAGGGGCUGCCCCAGGUUAGUGGACAGGGGCUGAGGACACAGCAACUGGGAGCCCCUAAAGUAGUUCCAGACAGAGUCUGCAGCAGACUGAGAGGAACUUUGUUUUGGACUCGGAACAGGCUUUGGCUGGGGUUACCCUAGGAUGAUACCAGGAGGAAGUCUUGGCAGAGGCUCUUCCGCCUACCACAACUGGAGGCUGUGGCCAAGGUCGGGAUCAAUGCCUCCUUUUCCGCCUCUAAACCAGUGAAACAGCUUGGUGAAAGGCCGGGGACUGCUACUGGAGUCCUGGAAUUCAGAGGCAUGGGGAGGGCUGUAGUUCUAUUAAAGGUCAGCUACUCCAGUG